GAAUAUCACAAAACCACCCGUUAGACGACCGUUCCCAAACAACUCUUCUUUACUCACUUCCCUUCGAACCAAACCAAACUAGACCAAAUAAAUGCCCCCAAACACCGUACUCAAUGAACUCACUUUGUUUGUUUUCAAACUUGUUCUAUGUUGUCUGAACAAAAUUUAAAUUCAUUUUCUUUAUUAUUUUAUUUACCUUUUCGUUAAAAGGAUCCAAGAAGAGAAGAGAAGAGAAGACCGUUCAUCGUUAACCGUGCCAUUCCUUAUUUUCACUUCCGUUCCAUGCUCCCCCUCCCUCCUCUAUCUAUCUAGUAUCUACACACAGACAACGACGUCGUCUUUCUCAUGUUUAUAAACUCUUAUCAGAUUCAACCCUAAGCUCUUAAAACAACUAAAUAAAUAAAUAACUUCUAAUGGUUGCCGGCAAGGUAAGAGUGGCAAUGGGCUUUCAGAAGUCACCGGCGCCGCAAACUCCUCCGCCGCAGAAGAAGCACGCUCCUCCGUCGCCGUCCACGGCCAAGUCCUCGUCUCACAAGUCCUCAUUCUCUCGCUCCUUCGGCGCCUACUUCCCGCGCUCCUCCGCUCAGGUGCAGCCGCGCCCGCCGGACGUCGCGGAGCUCCUCCGCCUCGUGGAGGAGCUCCGGGAGAGCGAGUCGCGCCUGAAGACGGAGCUGCUCGAGCACAAGCUGCUGAAGGAGUCCAUCGCCAUUGUGCCGGUUCUGGAGAACGAGAUCAGCGCGAGGGAGAGCGAAAUCGAGAGGAGCAGAAGAAGAGCGGAAGAAGCCGAAGCGGAGAACGAGAGGUUGAGAAAGGAGUUGCAGGAGCUGAAGGUUAGAGCGGAAGAAGAGAAGAGAGAGAGCGAGGGGAAAAUAAAGGCGCUCGAGGAUGAGGUGGCGGAGCUGAAGAGAACGGCGUCGUAUAGCGGUGGCGCCAGUAACAUAACAGAGGCGUUGGAGAGUCACGUGCUCGAGCACGAGCACGAGCACGUGCACGAGCAUGAAGCUUCGCAGAGGUUGUUGGAGGUUUCGCUUUCGGCCAGGUCGAAUCUCAUCAAAAGCUUGAAGAAAACGGCGUCGGAUCUUGGAAGCGGGAUUUUCAAAAGAGAGGUUGCAGAUACCGAAAGGCCACGUCACUCGCGGUGUAACUCGGAGGAACUCGUCGAUUGCUCCGACUCGGUUCUCUCCGCUUCCGUCAGGUCACGCGCGCCUCGUGUGCCGAAUCCGCCGCCGAGACCUUCGUCUUCCUCGCCGUCGUCGCCGUCGAGUGAUUCUUCCAACGCCAGCAAAAUCCCGCCGCCGCCGCCUCCUCCUCCGAUGAAGGCAUUGCCGCCUCCGCCUCCUCCACCUCCGAAGAAGCCUGCGUCGAAGGCGGCAGCGGCGACGGCUCCUCCUCUGCCGCCUCCGCCUCCGCCUCCGGCGAAGGCGGGAAGAGUGGCUCCGGCGAAGGUGAGGAGAAUCCCCGAGGUAGUGGAGUUUUACCACUCGUUAAUGCGGCGGGAUUCGCAUCCGCGGCGGGACGGCGGCGCGGCGGCGGAGGUGCCGGUGCCGGCGACGGCGAAUGCUCGCGACAUGAUUGGCGAGAUCGAGAACCGUUCGACUCACUUGUUGGCGAUAAAAACAGAUGUAGAAACACAAGGAGAGUUUAUUAGAUACUUGAUCAAAGAGGUGGAGAGCGCAGCAUUCACGGACAUUGAAGACGUGGUACCUUUUGUCAAAUGGCUCGACGACGAACUCUCCUAUUUGGUGGAUGAAAGGGCAGUGCUGAAACACUUCGAUUGGCCAGAGCAGAAGGCCGAUGCUUUGCGUGAAGCUGCGUUUGGAUAUUGCGAUCUGAAGAAGCUAGAAUCUGAGGCUUCGUCUUUCCGUGACGAUCCUCGCCAGCUUUGUGGUCCAGCUCUUAAGAAGAUGCAGACUCUAUUAGAAAAAUUAGAACAUGGGAUUUACAAUAUCUCAAGAAUGAGAGAAUCGGCAGCAAAGAGAUACAAAGUCUUCCAAAUACCUGUGGAUUGGAUGCUUGAUAGUGGUUAUGCAACUCAGAUCAAGCUGGCAUCUGUAAAAUUGGCUAUGAAAUAUAUGAAGAGAGUCUCUGCUGAGCUUGAGACAGGUGGUGGUGGGCCUGAAGAAGAAGAGCUUAUAGUUCAAGGAGUGAGAUUUGCAUUCCGAGUACAUCAGUUUGCUGGAGGGUUUGAUGUGGAUACAAUGAGGGCAUUUCAAGAAUUGAGAGACAAAGCGAGGUCAUGCCACGUUCAAUGUCACAAUCAGCCACAGAAAUUAUAUUGCAGGUCUGCAACAUGCUAAUGCUGGAGCAAACUCAGCUUCGGAGAAUUAGUUAAGCCCUUUUUCUGUAUUUUGUGAAUAGAAUGGCAAAUAGUAUUAGCCAUCGUUAAAGUAGUAGAACGCAUUCAUAAUUCAUGAUUAAUUCUUCCAUUCAUUACUGGAAAAACAAGAAUCCGGUUCCACUCUAGCACUUGUUGCUAUUCCGAAUUCA